GAGGGGGCAGGAGGCGAUCGGAGGCGCGGGGAGCCGGCCGGGGUCGAGCCUCGGAGGAGGCCGCUGGAGCCCCGCGUGUCGCCGGCCGCCGGGUAGUCACUGGGGCACACGCUGCGCGCGGCGAGGGGCCACCGCAGACCCUCGGCCCCAAACUUCAAGUCCGGAGCAGGGGUGAGACGCUGGCCAUCAAGACGGGUGGCAACCUGUCAGGACGCUGUCCCCCUCCCCGGAAACCGCCGCCUCCACCCCACCUCUGCUGAGUCUCAGCCCCUACUCUGGCCACUACAUUGCCUUUGGCCCGGGAUGAAGCCCGGAGGCGGUGGCCCGCCGGCGGCCCCGGAGUCCGAGCCGGCCGGCCUGCCCCUGGUUCUGCCGCGGCCCUGGGGCUGUCCCGCUGACGUGCGGCUCUGCGGCCACCUGCGCAAGCAGAAGUCCCAGCGCCGCCGCUUCUUCGUGCUCCGCGCCGACCCGCCGCGCCUCGAGUGCUACGAGAGCGAGAAAAAGUUCCGCGCCGGCCGAGCGCCGCCCAAGCUCAGCGUGAGCCUGGCGGGUGCGUGCACCAUCAGCAAGCGCGUGGACGCGCGCCAGCGCCACCUGAUCGUCCUCUACACGCGCGACCGCAGCCUGGGCGUGGCGGCGGCCUGCGAAGCGGAGCAGCAGGCGUGGUACAGCGCCCUGCUCGAGGCGCGCGCGGCCCCCCCUGUGACCAGCCCCGUCUCUUCAGGUCCCAGCUUCCACGAGGACCCCGCCGCCUGGAUUCUCGCUCCAUUUCAGGACGUCUGGCCCGUGACACUGCGCCCCAAGGGACUGGGGCGAACACGAGGCCUGGGCAGCGGCGGCUACCGCCUGUGCCUGGGUUCGGGGGUGCUGAGCCUGCUGCGGAAGCCCAAGGGCAGAGGCUCUGGGGACACCCAGGCUUCGUCGUCGUCGUCGUCCUCGUCGCCGCCGCCGCCCGCCCUGCGCCUGUCCCUGCUCAGUGUGCGCCGCUGCGGCCACGCAGACUCUUUCUUCUUCCUGGAGCUCGGCCGCUCGGCGCCCACGGGUCCCGGGGAGCUGUGGCUACAGGCCCCCGAUGCUGUGGUGGCCCAAAGCAUUCACGAGACCGUACUGGCCGCCAUGAAGCGACUCGGGGAUGGCAGUGCCGGUGGCAGGGCUGAGCCACUGCCAAGGGAUCCCCCGACGAGCGCUUACAGACCCUCCACCUCCCAACCUUAUGCGACCCUGGCCUCGGCAGCCCAGUCAAGUGGCCCGAGCCAUUGCAGGGGCCUGGGGGAGAGAAGGGGGAAAGCAACCCUCCAGACGCCGGCUACCGCAGCCUCGCAGCCCGAGGGCUUGGAGCGGGGAGGGGGCUACAUAGCCAUGGGAGCCCAGAGCGACUAUGAGCCCAUGGGGGGUGGCGAAGCAGGUGGCUACAUGGUGAUGGCACCCCCUCGCCUUGCGGCCUCUGCCCCCGCAGCUCCCCACCACCCGCUCCAAGGUUGCGGGGGCAGCGAAUACGUGCCCAUGAGCCGCUCUCUGCCAGGGUCCUCGCCCUCGAGCUCCCUGCCCCGUUCCUAUGAGCUCGGGGCCGGGGGGCCUGGACCUUCCUUCCAAGGCCCCCGCCGCAGCAUCGGGGAACGUUGGGGACCAGCAGCGGCUCAUUCCUCCUUGCAGCCGCCCUCAGAGCUGGCAGGGGAGUACGUGUGCAUCAAGUACGUGGCCCCGGACUACUUAGGAAUGGGCAGUGCCAUACAAGAAGCCCCCAACGGCCACCUCAACUACGUGGACCUGGACCUGAUCCCUCCGCUGGAGGCUCGAGGUGACGCCCCCGGGUCCGUCAGGAACCGCCAGCACAGCUAUGCCUGCAUCGAGUUCCAGAACCUCAGAGAGGCUCCGGGCCUGCCUUGUGUCUCCUCCCGGCCUAAGAACCAGUCCCCCGCCCCAGGGCGCCAGAGCAAGAGGGCUGAAGUACCAGGUGUCUUACCUCUACUGCCUCCCAAAAGUGCUGUGCCGCUCCCUUCCUAAUUUCCCUCUUCCAGUGCCAGCC